AUGUUGCUGUUCCUUAUUAUUUUAUCAAUAACUUCUGUAGAAUCAUCUUCGAUUUUUUAUAAGGGAAUUCCCGUGUAUUUUAAGGAUUCUCUUGACGAUUUAAAUAUCUUAAAUUCGGAUAAAAACUAUGGCGUGUUACCUUAUAAAGAAAAUCUAGAAGAAUUAGACGAGGAAGAUAGUAAUAUACAAGAAGAUAUAUCAUCACAAUCGAGCGAUGUUUAUAGCGAAGAAGCACUUAAACAGGAGUUUCAACAACAAAACGUUUUACCCGUUUCUACUUAUAAAGGAGUAAUGGGUGAUCAUUAUUAUAAUAAUUAUCUUAACUAUUUAGCAUCGGCAUAUAAACCAUCCGAAAGUAUCAAUACUUUCAAUAAGCAGUAUGCUCUUACAAAUUAUCAAGACUUUUAUUAUCCUAAGGAAAAUCUAAAGGUACCAACCAUCGAUAAUUCAUAUAAAACGACAAAAAUUCCUAGUAAAAUAAUAGAGAAUUUUAAAACUGUAACCACAAAAGUACCGAAAAAUAUUAAAAUAAUCAAUUAUAAACCAUCGGAAAGCGGAGAUAACAGAAAAUUUUUCAGUCUUUUCAAAUAUCUUAAAGGCGGUAAUUUAAAUAAUUAUAAAAUCUAUAAAGUACACAAGCAUCCUUAUCCUUAUAAUUUCGGUUAUAAAGUAAAUGAUUACUACGGUAACAGCCAAUGGAGAAAUGAAGUAGGAGAUAAAUCGGGAGCAAAAAGAGGAUCUUAUGGUUAUGUGGAUGCUCAUGGAGUCAGCAGAGAAGUUCAUUACGUGGCCGAUCAUAAAGGAUUUAGAGCUUGGAUAAAAACUAACGAACCGGGCACGGCUAAUUCAAACCCUGCUAGUGUUUUGAUUACACAUAAGUCUCCUCCAUUAAUAACUAAUUACGGUAGCAAGUCUUAUUAUCCGAGUCAAACGUUAAAAUUACCUUUAUUAAAAGUGCCUUACACUGGAUGA